AAUGUUGUGCAGUAUCAAGUCAAAUGCCCUGGAAAAGUCUAAGUAUGUUAUGUCAACACUAUUACCUUUAUCUCCCAAACUUGUAAUCUUGUCAAAAAAAGAUAUUGAGUUAGUCUGAUAGGAUCUAUUUUCCAUUACAUUACCCUUACUUAAUUCUUUAUUAAUUGAGUCCUGUAUCAGCUGCUCCAUUAUCUUGCCCAGGACCAAUGUCAGCCUGAAAGGCCUAUAACAGUCAUCCUGAUUACCCUUUUUAAAAAUUGGCACAACAUUAGUGUUAUUCCAGUCUUCUGGAACUUCCCCAGAGCUCCAAGACUUAUUGAAAAUCAACAUCAAUGAUCUAUUAAUAUAAUACAAGUUAUAGGAGUCUCUGUAGAUACUAGACAUAAUCCAUAGUGUAGACACAGCCUACUCCAACCGAUGGGGUUUUUCCAUUGGUACAGGAACACCACCUCACUGAACGAUGGUAGAUACAUUGACAGAAGCAUUCUUCCAUUGAUAUAGCUGUGUCUACGCUCGGGGUUAGGUUGGCGUAACUGUGUCAGUCAAGGGUAUAUUUCAUCAGUAUAUUUUUUCAUACUGAAGUCAGUAGUUCUUCUGCCAUCACUUCAAGGCUAGUACUGAUCAGGCCUUUGACUGUGAAGCAAAGACCCGUCUUCAGAAAGAGCCUUACGUGAGUUUGUGGUAUGUGAGAGGAGAAAGAGUUAUAUACUUAUAUAGUCCCUGGUAUUUUAAGUGUGUGUGUAUUGAUGUAUAGGAAAUAAACAAAGACAAAGGACACUGUCAUCUUUUAAAUGUUUUGUAAACAAACUUCCUUUUUUCCCUAAUACCUUGGAUUAUGAAAAGUUAAUUUUUAAAUAAUACAAAGUACAUGUCACAUCUCAUGUCUUCAUUUACUUUUUCCAUGUUUCAGCCUUUGAAAAAUCAUCGAAGAAACUGAUCAGCCUAACAGUGAGGAGAAUGGGAAUGUCAUAUAAGAAAACCAGAUCACAAUCUCCUGGUUAUAGCGUAUUCUGAGUGCAAAUGAGACCUUGAUUGCUACAAUAUCAUCUGAAAAGUUCCCCUUGGAAUAAAUGCAGACAGAGAGAUUCUAUGGAGGAAAUACAGAAGCAUGAGUUCAUGCUGAUGUACUUUGAACCUGUUGUUCCUAUGACCUAAAGUUUUCCAAAACUAAGCUGAGAUCACUACAAAGUUAUCACUGCUGGCUAACAUUGGACUAUUUAAAUUAAUUCCUUACAUACUUGAAGGUUGGACAAGCUGAUGGAACUGUUAGGCUCAGGUUUCCUUUUCCACCUCAGCUGGUGUACCUGUGGAAAAAAUCACUUUUGGCGAUAUGGAGGCAGGUUUAAUCAUUGUGAACAACUGAAUUAAUGUUCUACCACUUAGUACUUAAGCCUAGAAAGAAGAGGGAAGGACCUGCUUGAGUUUUUUACCAUGGCAAUGAACUCAAAGUGAUGGUUCCUGAAAAACUAAUGCCACAAGUUAUAUUGAUAUAACAAAUUAUAUUGAUAUAAUUUUAGUUGCCACUUUAUAUAUAUGUGUGUUUGUGAAUAGAUUUUUUUUGAGGACAUAUGUAUGCAUGUAUGAAAUAGAUACUAAAGAUCUAUUAUGAGGCUAGACAUGAGUCUCAUGGUUAGAGCAGCAAGUUAGGAGUCAAGACUCUUAGUUUCUUUUCUUAGUUCUGUCACUGACUAUUUUUGUGACCUUAGCUAAAUCACUUAACUGUUCUGCCUCAUUUUCUUCCACCUGUAAAAUAGAUCUAAUAUCUACUUCACAGAGAGAAAGGGGAGGCUUCUUUAACUCCCCUCAUUCGGGAAGUAUGCUGUAAUUAGAAUACCUAUCAUGGUCCCUAGAUUACUUUGGGUCAAAAAGAUAAAUACUUUUAAGGCAUUUUGAGAUUCUUUGGUGAAAGGUGCUCUAUAAGUGCUUUGUCUGUUUUACAGGGGAAAAAAGAAUCCUGGAUAUUACAGAUGGAAAAGUCCUCACCUGUCCAUCUCCUGAAAAAACAAUGUUGUUCCUUACAUUCAUUUUCUAAAGGUGAUUGGUGCAGUGUCCAACUGCCAGCAUCGGGAUGGAAGCAUCUUAUCCAAAGAACAGCAGAGUGGCCGAAGACCAUGACUGGCCUCCCAAGCACAUCAGGAACUACCGCCAGUGUGGUAAUUAUCCGUGGGUCAAAGAUGUAUGUGGCGCAUGUCGGAGAUUCAGGAGUGGUGCUGGGAGUCCAGGAUGACCCCAAAGACGACUUCGUUAGGGCUGUGGAGGUGACACAGGACCAUAAGCCUGAACUUCCGAAAGAAAAGGAGAGAAUCGAAGGGCUUGGGGGCAGUGUGAUCAAUAAGUCUGGUGUGAAUCGGGUUGUCUGGAAGAGACCUCGGCUGACUCACAAUGGCCCAGUGCGGAGGAGUACAGUCAUUGACCAGAUUCCAUUCCUGGCUGUGGCACGAGCGCUUGGUGAUCUGUGGAGCUACGAUUUCUACAGUGGUGAAUUUGUUGUGUCUCCUGAACCAGACACUAGUGUAUAUACGCUUGAUCCCCAGAAGCACAAAUACAUUAUCCUAGGCAGCGAUGGACUGUGGAACAUGAUCCCACCUCAAGAUGCUAUUUCUAUGUGCCAAGAUCAUGAGGAGAAACAGUAUUUUAUGGGAGAACACAGACAGUCUUGUGCCAAAAUGCUGGUGAACAGAGCACUAGCCCGGUGGAGGCAGCGCAUGCUUCGUGCAGAUAAUACUAGUGCCAUUGUAAUCUGCAUCUCGCCGGUGCUGGACAAUCGGAGCAACUGGGAAAAUGAAGAGGAAUUGUAUCUCAACUUGGCAGAGGGCCCCUGCUACAGCAGUCCUGAUAUGUGCAUGAUGACACCCUCCCGCUGCUGUACCCCUCCUAUCAAGCUUCUAGAAGAGGAUCUAUGGCCACGUCUGAACUCCUCUGAGCCUGUUCCUUCACUCAUGCAUAGCAAUGUGAUCUUGGAUAAAUAUUCCGAGCUGUCCAGUGAGAUUGCUAAAAGCAGUAUACCGUUGGCGGUAGCAUCCUCUAGGGAUCCAGGCCCACAGGAGGAGAACUGCAGCAAAACACUAGCUUUGAGGAUUCAUGAAUCUUACAGCAAUGGCUUGUCAGUUACCCUCUCCCCUUCCAACUCAGCAAAUUCAAGCGUGGACCAAAAAAGCUUAAAGAUGUCUCCUAAUGGCCAAACAAAAUCCCAAGAAGCGGAGAGGACACCUACAGGAAACUUUAAACGGACAUUAGAAGAAUCUAACUCCGGCCCAGCUUUGAAGAAGCCAAGACGUAGCUUGAGUCGAAACAUUAGUGUCCAGCCAGAAAGCCUGUCCACAACUCCACAGCGCAAAAACUCAAACAAGCUCAGCAUGCGGCGAAGCCUGAGGGGGCAGAAGAAGCUUGGCAAUUCGCUGUUCCACCAGACCAGGAAGGCAGUAUGCGUUUGCUGAAGGGUGUUUGUGUGAGCACAGUUUGGUCUGAUUUAGAAUUUUGAAGUUGGUGCAGAAAUUUGAAACUCUUCCUGUUUCUUUUUUUUAAAGUAGAAAACUUUUUGGUAUCGAACAGCUUUAUUCUCAGCCUUGUACUGCUUGUAUUAUAACUGUGAAUUUUGUAGAUGUGUAGGGUAUAAGUCGCUGUAAAAUGUGUGUAAAUUUGUACUCCUUCAUACAAAUGUAGUCUUUUUUCCCCCCCUUGUAUAAUUGUUACAACAGGGCUAAACCUUGUUUAAAAGAAAAUGUUUAAUCUUUUUUGUUAAUUUACUAAAGUCAUGAAUUUGUAUAAGCUUCUUGUGAUGAGGAUUUCACAACUUUUUAACUGAAGUAAAUUAUUAAAUAGAAUGGAAGAUAUGUAUUUUCGUAGUACUAUACGUUCAACCCAAAGUGUGUCUUUUAGAGAAUUACUCUAGGCCUAUUUUUUGUUUUUUAAAUUUUAGAUUUCUCUAUUCAGAAAUGAAAUGGAAGCAGAGAUGUUGUGUUACUUUACACAGCUCAAUAUCAAUUUCUUUAUCUUAAUUAAAAUACUAUGCAGUAUCUUAUUCAGUUGUAUUUUUUGUAACCUUAAUCGUCAAAGUAUUUAGCAAAAAAAAUUGUGUGUGGUUUUUUUUUUAAUUUCUGAAAACCCCAACCCAUCCUACAAAGCCAUUCUCAUUCCCUGUAGUAAUUUAUUUGGCAUUUUAUCCAGGCAUUUGGUAGUGGUAUUCCUUUUAAUAUAUAUGCCCCAUAAAGGCAUUUUUUAUUAUUCCACUAACUGAUGGUACUGCUAAUUCCUUUCCAAAGUAAGUCAUCAAAUUAUUUUAUGAUUUACAGUUUUCAUUGAGUAUGUGAACCCAUAUGUACAUUCACCUAAAUAAAACAGUGAAAACUU